UCACCGACUGAAAUGGAAGCGUUCGGGAAGAACUGCAAGGGAUUGAAGAAGCUCUCCUGCGGAUCGUGCACGUUCGGAUCCAAAGGCAUGAAUGCGGUGCUGCUUCGCACCGUCUCGUAGUUGUAGCGUCACAUUGGUUUAUUUUGAAACCCUAAAGGAUGAGGGAGGUAGCAAUGGCAUUGGUGGGUUGAACAUGCGGGUAAUAUCUGUCUGAAUUGAGUGAAGACAAAAUAAACGAGCGUGGCGCAUUAGGUGAACCCAAUAUGACCAUCUCAAUAAAUGAUUGUUUUGGAGCCCUAGGUCUUCACAAUCCUCCCUUCCCUUCUCAAUAUAUAUCCAUCCAUCCACACUCAACUUUCAUUUAUAACUCUUCAAAGGGAAGGACAAAAAGAAGUAUCAAACAUUUAACAUCUCUCUCUCUCUCUCUCUACCCUUUCCUCUCUUUCUUUUUCACCCAAACAGUGCAUACAGUGAUCAAGUACAAUAAAACAUCUGCAUGAACUGAAAACCGACAACAAGUCAUCACAGGCAGCUCUUGGUAGUGCCAUAACAGCUGACAACAAAAAGUUAUUGAGAGUUUUUUGAAAGUAUGGAAUGGAUCAUAGGUGUUUGUGUUUCGAUGGGCAUGUUGUUCUUGAUGAGUUGGUGGAUUCUUCUAUGUGGCAAGAAUGAUGAUGAGAAAACAGUGGCAAAGGGCAAAGUUCCAAAAGGGAACUCCGGUUGGCCUUUACUCGGAGAGACCCUUGAUUUCAUUGCUUCUGGAUACACCUCAACCCCUGUCAGCUUCUUGGAAAAGCGCAAGUCUUUGUACGGGAAUGUGUUUAAGACAUGCAUUUUGGGAAGCAAUGUGAUAGUUUCCACUGACCCGGACGUGAACAAGGUGGUUCUGCAGAACCAAGCCAAUAACUUCGUCCCCGCUUAUCCAAAAUCAAUUAGAGAAUUAAUGGGAGAACAAUCCAUACUCAAAAUGAACGGGACCAUGCAUAAGAAAGUGCAUACACUCAUCGCAGGGUUCCUACGAUCCCCACAACUAAAAGCUCGAAUUACCAGAGACAUUGAACACACUGUUAAACAAUGCUUCGCUUCUUGGACGCCCCACCAACCAAUCUAUGUUCAAGAUCAAGUCAAAAAGAUUACAUUUCCUGUUUUGAUCAAAGUUCUGAUGAGCGUUGGUCCUGGUGAAGAUUUGGACUUCCUGUAUAGAGAAUUUGCAGAAUUCAUCAAAGGGUUGAUUUGCUUACCCCUCAAAUUUCCAGGAACAAGACUAUAUAAAUCCUUGAAGGCUAAAGAUAGGAUGGUGAAGAUGGUGAGGAAUAUAGUAGAGGAGAGGAAGAAGCUACAGAAGGAUAAUAAUGCAGAUGAUCAUGGUGAUACAGUAGCAGUAGCAGUGAAUGAUGUGGUGGACGUACUAUUAAGGGAUAAGGUUGACUCGAACUCUAGCUCACGUUUGACUCCAGAAAUGAUUAGCCAAAACAUAAUAGAGAUGAUGGUACCAGGGGAGGAGACUCUUCCUACGGCUAUGACCAUUGCCCUCAAGUUCCUCAGUGACUCCCCUCUCGCUCUAUCCAAACUUCAGGAGGAGAACAUGGAAUUGAAGAGGCUGAAGACUAAUUGCUCAGAUGAUUAUGCAUGGACUGAUUACAUGUCACUGCCAUUUACUCAAAACGUUAUCAGUGAAACUCUCAGAAUGGCCAAUAUUGUCAAUGGCAUUUGGAGGAAAUCGGUCAAUGACAUAGAAAUUAAAGGGUACCUAAUUCCGAAACACUGGUGUGUUAUGGCAUCUCUUACCUCUGUUCACAUGGAUGGGAAGAACUAUGAAAACCCUUUUAAAUUUGAUCCUUGGAGAUGGGAGAAAAUUGGAGUUGUGGCCGGUAACAACUGCUUUACCCCAUUUGGUGGUGGACAUAGACUAUGCCCUGGAUUAGAACUCUCCAGGCUAGAGCUAUCUAUUUUCCUUCACCAUCUUGUUACUACGUACAGAUGGGUCGCUGAGAGGGAUGAAAUCAUCUACUUUCCAACUGUUAAGAUGAAGAGGAAGCUCCCAAUUAGUGUGCAACCCAUUAACGCAUGAUUGGAUUUAUGCAACAUCAAGAAAUUGGGGAGAUAUGUGUAUGUGAUUGCUUAUUUCAACCUAGAGGGUAAAUUAUUGAAAUUAUGGGUUGUAGGCCCCGAAGGAGUAGAUUGAGAUAAAAAAGACUUUGAAUAACGUUUUUCUGUGCGCUGUUCUGUAUUACAAUAAGAUAUAGGGUAUCGGUAACUGUAUUGAAUAAGACCGGAAAAUUAUGAUAGUUACCGAUUGAUAGUUAAAGAAAAAAUAAAGUUAAAUUAUUUUUGC